AUCGUAAACUCGAUCGAAUAGCAGAAAAGAUAGAUGAAAAAAUCAAUGAGGACUUAGAAACCAUGGCUAAUGAUAUAAUUGGAUUAGUGGAUGAAUUUCUUGGUUAUAUUAUAGAGAAAGUAAAAG